AUAAGGUUAGAUGUUUAAACAUUAUAGAAAACAAUACUUUUCCCUGCUGUGAGCAAUGACAAGAGUUCAGCCUCAGUCUCACGCGCAUUCGAAUUCGAAAAGGGCAUCUGGGAGAGUGGAAUCUUUGACGUCACAGAGAGUUUGACCGUUUUGUGCGCAGUUUCAACUAAACAGUGUCGUCCGUGUGAAACCACAAAACGUCUGUCUUCUCGUUGUUUAUUCUGCAGUUUAUUUGAUAAAGUUACCGAAGAGGACAACUGUUAUCAUGUCUCUGAAGAGAAAGUCCCCCGCUGAGGUGUGCGACGCCCAUAGGAGCACACCCUCAACAUCCAGCACCGACGCGGCUGAAAAGCAUCAACCAUUGGAGGAAAAUGAGGCGCCGUUGAGAAAGAGGACGAGGACGGAUAGUUUUGAGAAGCUGCCGUCUCUUCAUCAUCGUGACUCCGGCAGCUCAGACCAGAGAAAUGAGAGAAGUGCUGAGGGUCAAGAUUCUCUACCGGACGGCGCCUGUGCUCUAACGUUAGAGGAUCACGGUCAUAUGGAACAUCUAUCCAGUGGACUUGAAGUCGUUCCUCCUGUAGAUCCACAGGGUCAAACCCCUCCUGCACCAGUCCACCACAGUCCAGUUCAAACCCCUCCAGGACCAGUCCACCACAGUCCAGUUCAAACCCCUCCAGCACCAGUCCACCACAGUCCAGUUCAAACCCCUCCAGCACCAGUCCACCACAGUCCAGUUCAAACCCCUCCAGGACCAGUCCACCACAGUCCAGUUCAAACCCCUCCAGGACCAGUCCACCACAGUCCAGCUCCAGGACACAGUGUGGACGUGACAACUGAGGACGACAUUCUGAGCCGGUUUGAAAUCGGUAAAAUGCUUGGUUUUGGAGGAUUCGGCUCGGUUUAUGAAGGGAAACGCUUGGAGGAUGGCCUUGAGGUGGCGGUGAAAUUUGUCAGAAAAAAAGAGGGCAUGAAAUACAUCAACAUUCCCCAUCAUGCUACACCCGUCCCAUUAGAGAUCGGCCUGUUAACCAUUGUUAAUACGGGCCCCAAAGUUAAAGAGAUCAUUGAUCUGCUGGACUGGCAGGACCAGCCUGACCGAUAUAUCAUGGUCUUGGAGCGUCCCCCACACUACAUAGAUGGGUUUGAUUUUUGGGCUCAUCAGGAAUACAUCUUCAACGAGGAAACGGCACGGACUAUCAUGAAGCAGGUGACAAUGGCUGCUCAAAUGUGCUGUGCCAGAGGAGUUUUCCACAGCGACAUCAAGUUGGAGAACCUGCUGAUCAACCCAGAAACACUUGAGAUCAAACUGAUCGACUUCGGGUGCGGGAGACUCAUGCAAGUGAUCUCCUAUGAAGUCUUCAGUGGCACACACGAGUACUGUCCACCUGAGUUCAGCAGAACGGGCAUGUACCACGCUAAACAAGCUACUGUGUGGUCUCUGGGAAUGAUCUUAUUCGGAAUGCUGUGUGGACACCUUCCAGUAUCCGAAGAGAUGGAGAAGAUUAAUGAUGAGACCUGGUCUGAUCCUCGCUUGUCAAACGAAUGCUGCGACCUGAUUCGACGCCUCCUGCAGAGAGACCCAAGACACCGGAUGGGUUUGGAGGAAAUGAUUUCCCAUAAAUGGUUUUAGAGAAGGAGAGUGCGACAGUCAGAAGAAGAGUAGGUCAGAGCAGCAGCUGAGGUCAAGAUGAAACCAAGCGGACAUCCUUUAUCAUUGGCCAGCGAGAUAUCAUUUAUGCGAGAUAUCAUUUAUCAUCUCGCAGUGCUCAGCGUUACGAUCCUCAACAUCCAGCACCGAUGUGGCUGAAACCCAUCAGGAUUUUUGGGUUGGUGAGAAAAAUGAGAGUCUGAAAAGGAAGAGGACGGAUCACCUUCAUCACCUUCUGUGACCGGAGUGGCAGCUCAGAGCGAGACACAUGAGGGACAUGCUGAGGUCAAUGCAGAUCCCCUCAUGAUUGCUAAUGGGCCUGUAAAUGAGAGUGGAAUCCCAUAUAUACCUGGAAAACUGGCAUGCGACCCGCCAAUUAAAAAAGGAUCAUGACCGGCAGUACAUGCACAUUGGAACAAUGGUGGAGUUUGCGUCUGCUUUGCUGGGGACUCUGGAUGACAUCAACAACCAAUGCUUUAGUGACUUAGCACUUUCACACCCAACAACAUAUUGUUAAAGGGAUACUCCACUUACCACUCCCCCAGAGUUAAACAGUUGGGUUUUACCUUUUUUGAAU